ACCGGCACGCCUAGUUCCGGUAUUACGGUAACUGAAAGGCUGCGGUGCCUCUGUGUCCGACAGACCGGUGUUUUACUGGAAGACGCCGAGCCGAACAGGUCUCGGAUGUUAUCCUCUCCGCCGAGACACGGACAUCACUUAAACUAGCCAGGUCCAACCUGGAGUAUUUAUCAUCUGGCUUUUUCAAGAACCUCAAUUUCCACGUUGUAACAUUUUGGGGCAACAUAGAUUUCUUGGAUUCAUCUCGACUCAUCCUCCAAAGUUUCUGACCACAUAAAGAGAAAUUGAGAUUCCCAACCCUUUGCCCGGUCUUGCCAGCUGCUAUUUAGCAACAGCAUGGCAGACAGUCGACAGUCGGAAGACGGCGCCCCCCAGUGGGACCCAUCAGGAGGGCAAGAACCUGGCGGCACCCAUGGAGCAAACAGCUACUCUUCGUCAGCCUACCGGACCUGCCAGCCUGGAGGGGCCCACAUGACCACCGCUCCUUACACUGCGAGGGAGAAUGGAUUUAAUGGCGAACUAGCUGGAGCUCCCGCUAUCACUGCAGAGCAAGUUUCGGCACGGAUUGUGCAGGAAGUGACGGCAGAGGCAGUGGCGGUGCUAAAGGGAGAACAGGAGACUCAGCGGCUGCCGUCAGUUGAAGAUACCACCAACUUGCCUCCCUCUCCACCCCCUUCACCUGCAGCUGAACACUUUGGUCCCUUGGAGCAAGAUGUAGGGGAUGAGGAGGAGGCGGGCCCUCUCCGCCGCUUCCAAAAUUCUCGGGAGAGGUGCAAGUUCCUCGCCCCCUCCAUCUCAGUUUCCGUGCCUGAGGACGACCCCUACCACUCCGACGAGGAGUACUAUGAGCACCCAUUGUUCAGCCCAGAGUGGACGCACUCGGGCGCUCGCCCCACAGGGCACGCCGUGGCCUUUAGACAGAUUGAAGAAGAGACCAUGGAGGCUCUUACAGCUGAAUACGAGGAAGAGGAGGAAGAGGUGGAAGAGGAGGAGGAGGAGGAGGAGGAGGAGAGUGCAGAGGCGGCAAUGUCCGAAGCAGCUCUUGAUGAGCAGCAGUGGAGUGGGGAAGAGCCCGAGCCGGACAGCCCCAAAGCUGAACUCUUAGAUCAGACAGAGGCCUUAGAUGAGGCACAGGUUGUAGACCUGGGGCAGUCUGAGGCAGCUAGUGCUGCCACAGAAAGCUCUGUGGACAGAGAGGAGGAAGAGGAGGAGGAGGAGGAGGAUGCAGAGGGUGAGGAAAGCCAUGAGAYAGGUGUGUCCUGCCCUCUGCUCUCCCUGUCUGCAUGUUACUGCAUUUGCCACUCUAUUACAAUGCAAGACGUGUCAGAAAGGAAGCAAAUAACAUACAAUAUUUUUUUCAUUUGUGAUAGAAACAGUCAACUUACAGAUAUCUUUACAGCUUUGAAGAUGGAUGCAGACAAGCAGGACAGUGAGUCGAUGAGCCCUGACAGCAUUGGAUCAGAAAAGCGCCCUGAGGAGUUUUUUGAGCCUCAGAUGCAAGGUUUCUUUGCUGGUGAACGAGUUGUACCGGAGAGCCCGACCAUGGAUAUGCCAUCUUUUGUGCCUCCAGAUGUUCAAAUCCAAGCCAAAGAACCAGUCAGAUCUCUCACACUUCAGCCCACGUAUGGGGAGCCAAUCACAGUGUCAGAAAAACAGCCAUCGGUGGAGGUGGUGGAGUUCAGCAGCAUCACUGCUCCUUCUGACUUCUCUUCGAUGGGAGUUAAAGUUCAGGCAGGAGACACGACUAGAGAGGCCAGAGACAAAUCAGGCAUGUCGGCAUACUUUGAAACCUCAACUAUGGAGGCCGAGGAAGGUACAGAAUGUAAGGGCGAGGGUUAUUAUGAACUGAGUCGAUCUGGUGAAAAAACAAAUAMAGAUGAUUCCAAGUCCCAAGAAGUCAGCUACAGCACACUGGCAGAAGCUAAGGAUAAACCUGGAAUAAAAAYGGCUCCACCUGGAGAUACAGACAUGUUUGCAAUUCCUGAUAGAAGUAAUGAAUGCAGGCUUUCACCCGGUAARCUCGCCUUAGAGCAGAGGAGUUAUUCACUCAACAUCACGAUUGGAACAACAGAUCAGAGUGGACAAGGCAGGCAAAGAAACUUCACCCCACUGGCCACAGACAUCAUGUCAUAUACAAGUGGAAGUCUUGACGAGUCGGCUGACUACCUUCCAGUUUCUACACCCUGCGUAKAUAAGCCUCCGUCAUUUCCUCCUCUGAUUCUGGAGACUGCUGCUUCUGUCACAUCGGAUUCCUCUUCCCCUCCAAGAACCGCUGAACCACCAUUAAAGGUCAGUCCAGAACCUGAAUCUCCUGAAUCACCCAAGCCAAAUAAAGGCCCUUACAAAAAUGGUUCAGUGAUGACACAGGACUUGCCAGAGAUGCUAGACCUUGCUGGUACCCGGUCCAGGCUGGCUUCAGAAAACACAGACCCUGAAAUAAUCCAGAAGAAGCCACUCAAAGAUGAUGUUCCUAUCUUCACUGAUGAUCYUCUCGCUAGUAUGACUUCAGGGGAGCUGAGUCCUGGUAUAAGAAAAAGUGAUAGUCAACUGGAAGAGAUGGGGUAUUGUGUGUUCAGUGAAUAUUCAGGGCCUAUGCCAUCCCCUGCAGAUGUCCUCAGCCCUACAAACACCUGUGGACAAGUUUUUACCCCUUCUGUCUUGGAGGAGAAAGUGGCUGAACAGGCAAGAAAAUUAGCAGUAAGAGAUACAUCCUUGGAAGACAAGACUUUGUCAUUUGGAGGUGUCGAUGUUUAUGAGAGGGAUGACAAAAGCCAAGGGGAAAGAAAUGAUUCACUUGAAGAAAGCAGAAAAUACGAUUCAAAUGAUCAUCCAGCAAAAUGUGUAAGUGAGACUCCUUUUGGUCAGCUUAGUGAGCUCUUUGUGACACCAACUGUCACCGUGACUCUAGAGGAAGGAGAGAGGUCAACGAGUGAGACCGAACGCCAAGCCAGUGGCGAAGGUUCAGUAUCAGAAACCGAGAUCGCCGACUAUGAGAGGCAGAUCCGCAAGCUGGAGAUGGAGGACAGGCCUCUAAGUCUUGAGGAGGAGAGGGAACUCCAGGAGCUCCGGGAGAAAGUGAAGCUCGUGCACCAAGAGGCCUACGAAGAGGUGGAUGCUGAGGAUGUUUACCAGCUGACUGGCAUGGCCAAGGACCGCAUUGCCAGGCCUGUGAAAACAUCACCUACUUCAUCUGUGGAGAGCAACAUUGAUGAUGACAAACUGCUUUCCCCAGUACUCUCACCCUCCAAACUUAAGCAAAGAGAAUUAUACGGUUCACCCAAAAGAGCAGCUUCGCCUGUGUCAGGAGUAAACAAAGAUGAAAGGGAUGAACAAGAGAGGAAAAUGAAGGAAGACCAAGAAAGGGAAGCAGCUGAGCGAAUAAAGAAAGACGAGGAAGAGAGAAGAAUGAAGAAGGAAGCAGAAUUCAAAGAAAGAGAGGAACAAGAGAGAAGGGAGAAAGAAGAGGUGGAAAGGAUACUGAAGGAAGAGACAGAAAGGCAUGAGAAAGAGUUGACAGAAAGACUGGAGAAAGAACAUAAAGAAAGAGAGGAGAGGGAGAUGAAAGAAAUGGAGGAGAGAGUGAAGAAAGAGAGGGAGGAGAAAGAGAGAGCAGAGCAGGAACUGAAAGAGAAGAUGGAAAAGGAAAAGAUGGAGAGGGAAGUMAGAGAGAAGGAGGAGAUGGAAAAGAUGGAGAUGGAACUCAACAAGGAGAAAGAACAAGAGAAACUGGCUGAAAUGGACAAAAUAGUUUCAGACCAGCCAGUAGAAGCCAAAGAAAUGCAGCAGACAGAAAAUGUCUCCAUAAAUCUUGCUGAAGGAAAUCUGCCUAAAAAGGAGAAUGCAGAAGUAGAGGUGACAAAAGAGAUACUAGAGACUCACGCUGCAAUUGAAUCUGUGGUGAUGGUUGAAGACGAUUUCAUCACAGUGGUGCAAACCAUCGAUGAAGCCGAAGAACCUGGUCACAGUGUUCGUUUCUCUGCUCCACCUGAGGCUGAAGCCCUUUGUGUUGGUGCACGGAAAGAAGAAGAAGAAGAGGCAGAAGAUGAUGAAUCUAUAGAGCUGGCUGAGGAAGCAGAUUUGGAGGCAGCCAGCCUUGAGGAGGUAGGGGAAGUUCCUGAAACCCCUGCAUCCCCAGCACAGGAAGCUCAGACCAGAGAAACAGAGGGACGGUCAGAAAGCUACGAYAGAGAUGAAACUACRGUYGAUGACUCCAUCCUUGACAGCUCCUGGGUAGACACACAAGAUGAUGAUAGGAGUAUGGCAAUGGAGCAAAUUGAACUUUUACCCAAGGUGCCCAGUCCAGUUAAGAAACCGGCUGUCGUACAGAGUAGUCUGACAAAACAACGAAGUAUGGAAAAACAAGAAAAAUCUGUCAAACCCAAAACUAAAGGAGGGCGAGCUAAAGGACGCAUCUGCACGCCUGAACGCAAACCUGUCCGCAAAGAGCCCAUCUACAUACCCAGAGAAGAGAUCAAGAAGAAAAAAGCCAUCAUAAAGAAGACUGAGUUCAACAGAAAAGUGGAGACUCAGACUCUGUCUCCGUCCAAGCGGAGCGCCAUGAAGCCAGCAGUCCGUCACACGAGGCCGAUCCAGCAUCACUCCUGCCCAAGAAGGAGACCAACAGAAGGCCUUUCAGACAGUCGCCACCCUCUUAGUGUUGCCAGACAGUCGCGAGACAGAGCAUCAGAUGGUGGGUCACGGAGUCCAGUAAAAAGAUCAUCUGCACCACGUCAUGCCUCUAUCCUGGGUCGCCGUGGCUACCACGAACACGAGGAGAGUUCUACCUCCAUCACCAGCUCUGGAUCGACUGCUCCCCGCAGACCCACAUCAUUUCGCACUGAAAUGAGAGCAGAGCAUAGGAUAGGACGAGCCCCAAGCAUGACAGUUACAGAAUCGGUACGCUCCCGUUCAGCUCGCAGUGGGCACUCUACCCCUCGGACCCCGGGCUCCACAGCCAUCACCCCAGGAACCCCUCCCAGCUACUCGUCAUCUUCAAGAACCCCCGGGACCCCGCGCUCCCUCAGUUUGAUUUCCCAGGAGAGGAAAGUGGCGGUGGUUCGCACCCCACCAAAGUCACCCGCAACCACUCCCAAGCAGCUGCGCAUCAUCAACCAGCCGCUGCCCGACUUCAAGAAUGUCAAGUCCAAGAUUGGGUCAACAGAGAAUAUCAAAUACCAGCCAAAAGGAGGACAGGUACAAAUACAGAACAAGAAGAUUGACCUGAGCCAUGUGACCUCCAAAUGUGGUUCUCUCGACAACAUUCAUCAUCGACCAGGUGGCGGUAAUGUGCGAAUAGAGAGUGUGAAGUUGGAUUUCAAAGACAAAGCUCAAGCCAAGGUGGGUUCACUGGAGAAUGCACAUCAUAUUCCUGGUGGAGGUCGCAUUAUGAUUGAGAGCCACAGGCUGACAUUUCGUGAGCAUGCAAAGGCCCGUGUUGACCACGGAGCUGAGAUCAUCGUCCAGUCACCUGGUCUGUCAGGCUCCGUCUCUCCCCACCAUCAGAAGGAAAGCCAGCUGUCGUCCUCUGGCAGUCUCAACAUAAUGGAGUCUCCACAGUUAGCAACCUUGGCCAAGGAUGUAAGUGAUGCCUUAGCCAAGCAGGGCUUGUGAACACUGGACCUCUAGACGGCUGCUGUGCAUCCAAGACACCCUCACCUUUAAGAACUCUUCUGCCCUCUCUCACCAUCAUGAAACAAAGUGGUUACCAUUGAUGCUCAGCACACAGAGGUCUCCUUAACAUCUUUCGCGCAACAUCCGUCACUAAACUCUAAGCAGAGACUAGACUUAGAAGCUACUGUGUUUUGGUCUUCUAUUUUUAACCUUAAACGUGUUUUUUCUGAUUUGUUUUGUGGAUAUUCCUUUAUGUUUUGAACAAUGUUUUGCAUAGUUAGACUGGGCGUUUGCUCUUGAUUAAGUGGUAUAUCUGUCAUCACUGGCUUUACUGGUCUUGGAUCAGUGUAUCGAAGAAGCGACAGCCUUUUUUUUUUUUUUUCUACUCUAAGCAACUAAAGACAUGGCCUGUGCACCAUGCCACCCUUUUUGUUCUUGCUCAGCAAACAUGCAUGAUUGCCAGAUCCCCUAACAACGAGCAUCUUUACUGUGAGUCAUUGUUGACUCGAUACAUGAUCUGUUUAAAAAUAAUAAUAUAGAGAUCUCUAUAGGAUACAACCUCUUUCYCAUUCACAUGUCUCACAUUUUAAAAGGAAACAAAAAUAUGGCUAUAAGAUAUUACUUUACAAUGGCAUAUAUGCAAGAACCACAUCAUGUUAUGACAAGCAUGUAUGAAUCAAAUAUGAAAAGAGGCUCUUUUAUAUUGAAGAAAAAAAAAACAUUUUAGUAAAUAAUUUCCUCAUUUAUUGGAUAAAGAUUAACAAGUUCAUGUUUUGUAGUUAAUAGAUGUUUUACAGUGUAAUGCUUGGUGACAAUGUCCAAGACUGAUUUGGUGUUGCUGAGGGAUGCAUCUCCGUCUUGUCAAACAGCCUUACUCACUUAAACCUGCUCAGCAGAUCUAUAUAGACGCCUGCUUAAAACACUUGGAGCUCAUUCCACAAAUAUCUGUCCCAGAAGGAAAUUCUUUGAGGAGCAACUAAUAAAGGUUGAUCUUUAAAGUCGAUGAUGAUUGCUGUCUGAGCCACUGAAGAAUAGAUGCUACGGUAGAUGUUGCCACUUCUCCAAAACGUGUGCAGGGGUGUGUGUAUGGGUGUGCGUGUGCGUGUGUGUGUGUGUGCGUGUGCGUGCGUGUGUGUGUGCGUGCGUGCGCGCGCGCAAAAGCAUGUAUGUGUGUAUGUGUGUGUGUGUAUGCAUUUGGUGCAGAUCCCAUGCCGUUUUAUGGAGGGACGCCGCUGUAUUUGGAUUGUUUGUUGUGAUGUGUAGGGAGAUGAAAUUGUUAAAGGUUAAAAAACUUUUUAAAAGCCUUAAAUAAAAAAAAAAAUACUUGUCAAAUGUCCACUGGGAGAAAGAACUCGGUCAGCUCCUGAUAUAUCUGUUUGGACAAAAUGUUCGGGUGAUCUAGAUUUUUCUUUGUUGUUUUUUUUUCUCCAGACACUGUUUGUGGUAUGACCCGCUUCCUGCCCAAUUACUGCCCCCCAACUGCAACUGUUUGUUUGCUUCUGUGUUUAUUCUGCAUCCCCCAUCUCCGUGUGCCUCUCCCCCACCUCUUGCUCCACCCUGCAGCAACUCUUAAUGUAUUUAAAAGGUCAAGUAGAUGUAUGCAGUUUUUCUCCUGUUGAUAUGACACCAAUUAUGAUAAUUAAUGACAAUAAAAAUAACAAAAAGUGA